GCCAAUAAAACCAUAUCUCAUCUUCUCACGGUUCCCAUCCUCUCUCUCCAUCAGCUUCGAGCAAGCGAGGUUUCAGCAUCUGGAGAAAUGGCAGCUCCGGUGGUGGACGCGGAGUACCUCAAGGAGAUCGAGAAGGCCCGCAGGGACCUCCGAGCCCUCAUCGCCAGCAAGAACUGCGCUCCCAUCAUGCUCCGUCUCGCAUGGCAUGAUGCUGGUACCUAUGAUGUAAACACAAAAACUGGUGGCCCAAAUGGUUCCAUUAGGCACGAGGAAGAGUACACUCAUGGUUCUAAUGCUGGCUUAAAAAUAGCUAUAGAUCUUUGUGAGCCGGUGAAGGCGAAACAUCCAAAGAUUACAUAUGCAGACCUUUAUCAGCUUGCUGGAGUGGUUGCAGUUGAAGUUACUGGAGGACCGACGGUUGACUUUGUCCCAGGCAGACGGGAUUCAUCAGUUUGCCCAAAAGAAGGACGUCUUCCCAAUGCUAAGCAAGGUGCACCACAUCUGAGGGAGAUCUUUUACCGGAUGGGCCUGUCAGACAAGGAUAUUGUGGCAUUAUCUGGUGGCCAUACUCUGGGAAGGGCUCAUCCCGAGAGGUCAGGAUUUGAAGGUGCCUGGACAAAUGAACCUCUGAAAUUUGACAACUCCUAUUUUGUAGAACUGUUGAAGGGGGAAGCAGAGGGACUUCUGAAGCUUCCAACUGACAAGGCUCUGUUGGAGGAUCCUGAGUUUAGGCGCUACGUUGAGCUGUAUGCUAAGGAGGAGGACCUCUUCUUCAAAGACUAUGCAGAAUCACACAAGAAGCUCUCAGAGCUGGGUUUCACUCCACGUCGCACUGGUUCAGCCACCAAAGCAGAUGCAAAGACUAGUGUUGUAUUAGCUCAAAGUGCUUUUGGAGUGGCAGUUGCUGCAGGUGUGGUGAUCCUGAGUUACCUCUAUGAAGUUUCUAGGAGGAAAUAAAUAGUUAGAUCUGGCUUAUUUCUAGUCUGGACGCGCAAUUAAAUACAAUCAGAUAAAAAGAAAAAAAAGAGAGAGAUUGCAACACAAAUCAUAAUGUGCGACCAGCCAUGGUCUGCUCUGUUGUAGCUGUAUUUUAUGGGAAUACUCAUGAAUUAUAAACUGGUUGGUUACAACCAAAUCAGAGAUACAGCUGAGCUGUUCUUUCAGAAAAUUUUCAACAAUCUCGACAUUGCUGACUUUUUUAUA